AUGCCUCUGAACGUCUCCGCCACACCCACCAACAUCUCCAGCACCGCAACCUACCACCUCGUCAACACCUGGAGCCUGGGCUCCCUCUCCCUCGAGCCCGGCACCCCCAACCUCCAGCUCCAGGCCGUCCCCCCCUCCAACUCCACCUCCACCCCGCUCGCCUUCCAGUUCCGCACCUCGGACAGCUCCGGCGAGUUCAACCUCUGCGCCGCCGUCAGCGACCAGACGUACUGCCUCGACGUCCUCAACACGCCGAGCACCGUGCCGCGCCUGUCGCCCUUCGGCUACUACGCCGGCCAGUACUGGGCGGUCCAGGCAUCCGAGGAUGGCGAUGGCAGCGUGCGCUUGUCGAACGAGUGGACGGGAAGCGGCUGGUAUAUGGACCUGUAUGCGGGGUCGUACGAGGCCUUUAUGAGCGAGGGGGACGAUGCGGAUGAGGAUUACGCGGGGAGGUAUUGGACGUUGGAGAUGGUCGAGGAGGAGGUGGCGCUGCCCCCGAAUGCGCCUGUGAUCGACGACGCUUCAUCCACCACCGCCAGCGGAGGGGACGGAAGCAGCGGUCUUUCCACUCCAGCCAUCAUCGGAAUCAGCCUCGCAGGAGGAAUCUUCUCGGCAACCUUGCUGCUUGUCAUAAUAGCCCUGAUGUUCCGCCGCCGGCGCAAGCGGCGCAAGCAAGCGCAAAAGCAGCAAGCCGCUGACGACGCAGAACAAGCCUCUCCAACCCACACCGACCGGCAACGGCUCACCCGAUCACCGGAUUCGCGAACCAUCUUGGACCCAAUGGGCGGUAGCAACAACAGCAACUCGCACCGCGUCGAGCCAACCACGCCGCAGACGGCACACUUCUGCAACAACGACACCAACAAUGGCCUCCCGCUCGAAUUGGAAUCACCCCUGGAGCCGCGCGAUUACGCCUCUCACCACCACUUUGGGACACUGUCGUACUUCGCUCCUCCUCCUCCCCACGACGACCACAACGGCAACGUGCCGCUGCCGCCGCAACAGCAGCAGCCCCACCGCCCGUCCAUCUACGAACUCCCAGCGAACAACGAACACGACGACGACGACGACGACGACGACGACUUCGCCAUCACCCCGGCGCCGCCGCCGCCGUUCUCCGAAUCGACGACCUACGACCGCGACGAAAAGGACCCCACGCUCUUCCACCCCUAUUCGACAAUGAUGACGACGACGGCGACGACGACAAACUCCCCCGUCCCGUCCUCGCCAUCAUCCCCGGCCUCCCCCGCCUCCCCCGCCUCCCCCGCCUCCCCCAUCCGCACGUACCGCACCGCUCCCGCCCCCGCCUCCGCCUCGGCCCGCUGGCAGGAAGUCGUGCCGGACGGCCAAGUCGUCUUCAGCACCAACGGCAUCGUGGCGUCGCGAUCGCUCCGUCAGCCCAACAGCGCCGGCGCCGGCGGCGUCACCCGGACGUCGACUGCAUCGUCGCCGCGCCGGGAACAACAACAAUACCAGCAGUACCACACGCAACCGCCCCCCCAGCACCUCUGGACCAACGGCACCAUACCCACCUGGCCCCCGCCCGCGUGGCCGCCGCCAUCCGCGUCAAGGCCGAUGUCGUCGUCGCCGUCGCAGCGGCAGCAGCAGCAGCAUAGCCAACACCACUACCACCACCGCCAUGCUGCUACUACUAGUAGCAGCACGUACGGCGGCAACACGAUGGUCAGCGGUGGCGGCGACGGUAGCGCCGCCGGCGAAGUCUCUCCGACGUCGUCGAGGUUCGAGCAGGAGGGGGGGUACUGGGGCACGGCUAUCACGACGCCAACGACGACGAUGAUGAACACGAUGACCAUGACCAUGUGCGAGGCGGAUGCGGGCGGGAGGGAGGUGGUGCGGAUGGUGGAUCUGCCGGCGUCGGGGGCGAGUCCGGAUCGGGAUCGGGAGAGGGAUUGGGAGAGGGAUCGGGAGAGGGAUUGGGAGGUGGACCAGGUGGAGAGGGAGAGGGAGAGGGAGAGGGAUGGUGGUGGUGGUGGCGGGUGGGCGACGGUGCGGUGGGAUCGGGGGAGGAGGAAGAGCGGGUGGUGA